AUGUGGCGCAAACGAGACGUCAGUUGUGCAGCUGUGUGCGCACUUCUAGUUGCGUUCCUCUUGACGCAAACAGAGGCUUCUAGUUUGAGAAAAACUGAAAGAAAAGAAGCAGCAGAGACUACAAGCAUCCGAAAAGGAAUCAUCGUGUUUGGAGAAGGCCCUAAUAAUAUUUCCUUGGAUGGUGACACCGCCUCUUACCAAGCCGACUCUCCAGGAAUUCUAAACCAUUGGCAUCAGAUGCACGCUUCACUGGGGUGUGGACAAGCAGGUUUUAUGAAAUUCAAAGCUUUUGGACCGCUGGUAAAGCACUUUUCACUGGGCCAGCAGCCUCAAUCCUGUCAGUACAAUGCUCAUAGAACUCCGUUUGGCUACUCCGUGACUAUUCCCUUUAAAGGAUGGCAAUCCAACUGCAGAUCCUCAUCCCACCUGGCCCACUCAUCCCACCUGGCCCACUCAUCCCACCUGGCCCACUCAUCCCACCUGGCCCACUCAUCCCACCUGGCCCACUCAUCCCACCUGGCCCACUCAUCCCACCUGGCCCACUCAUCCCACCUGGCCCACUCAUCCCACCUGGCCCACUCAUCCCACCUGGCCCACUCAUCCCACCUGGCCCACUCAUCCCACCUGGCCCACUCAUCCCACCUGGCCCACUCAUCCCACCUGGCCCACUCAUCCCACCUGGCCCACUCAUCCUUCUAUUGA